AUGUUGGCUAAAGCAGAAAAAACGAGAGAUGAGCUUGAAGAACGACUUCUAAAAGAGCAACAAACUCGAAAACUCACAAUCGAAGCACACAAAACCCAAAACAAGAAGAUUGAAGAGCUCAAAACGUUUUUGAAGGACGUUCUCUCAAGCGAAGAGGGUCUACUUGAUGAUGAUGAUAGCGAGUUCCCGUCAAGUGUGGAACCAGUGCAAAUUCCAUCUGAACCUCAUGCCGUUCGAAUUGUCGAAGUUGUCGAAGAUACUGACCACUCGUUUGAACUGAACGUUAAAGCACUUGAAUCAAUUCUUUUGGAUCCCAAAGUUGCAGAUAAAAAGGUUGCCGUAAUUGGUGUUGCUGGAGCUUAUAGAAAAGGAAAAAGUUUUCUGCUCAAUUUCUUUCUUCGUUAUUUGAAAUGGCGAUCAAACGCUGAAAAAGUAAACGGAGAAAUCGAGCUGGAAGAUGCUGAAUGGAUGUAUCCGACUGUUCCGCUUCAAGGAUUUUCAUGGAAAGGCGGAAGUGAAAGAGACACUAACGGAAUCCUUAUUUGGAGCGAACCGUUCAUCAUGAAAGACAAAAAUGGUGAAGAGAUUGCUGUUCUCCUAAUGGACACUCAGGGAGCUUUCGACUCGCAAUCGACUGUCAAGGAAUGUGCAACUAUUUUCGCUCUUUCAACCAUGAUUUCCAGUGUUCAAAUUUACAACAUAUCGCAAAACAUCCAGGAAGAUGACCUUCAACAUUUGCAAUUGUUCACCGAAUACGGACGUUUGGCUCUGGAAGACUCGAGCGCUAAACCUUUCCAGACGUUGCUGUUUUUGGUUCGUGAUUGGUCUUUCCCAUAUGAAGCUGAAUUCGGUUUCACAGGAGGCCAAAGAAUUCUUGAUCGACGGCUUGAAGCUUCCGAGAAGCAGCAUGUUGAACUGCAGCAGCUUCGUCAACAUAUUCGCAACUGUUUCGAGAAUAUCUCAUGCUUUUUGAUGCCUCAUCCGGGACUUCGUGUUGCCACAAAUCCGAACUUUGAUGGAAAACUUACCGAAAUUGAACCUGAAUUCCAGCAGCAACUCAAAGGAAUGGUUCCACGGAUUUUGGAUUCUCACAGUUUGGUCCAUAAGGAAAUCAACGGGCAGAAAAUAACUUGUCGUGCAUUAUUGGAGUAUUUCAAAUCUUACAUGAAAAUAUUCCAAGGCCAGGACUUGCCAGAACCAAAAUCAAUGCUUCGUGCUACCGCUGAAGCCAACAAUCUCGCUGCUGUUGCUGCUUCUCGUGCUGUUUAUCAGCGAUUGAUGGAGGAAGUUUGUGGGGGAGGAACUCCAUACAUGUCGACUAGCGAACUUCUCGAAGAACACGAGCGCUGCAAGAACGAGGCUAUUCGCGAGUUCCGAAAUGCGCGCAAAAUGGGCGGUGUCGAUUUCAGUUUGACAUUCUUGCAAAGACUUGAGGAUGAUCUUCAGGAAUCUUAUGAGAAUUAUUUGAAAGUCAACAAUGGAAAGAAUCUUUUCAAAUCAAUGCGAACUCCGGCGGUUCUUGUCACUUUGAUGAUUGUCGAUUACAUUUGCCAAGAAUUCUUCCAACUUUUGGGGUUGGACGGAAUUGCGGGAAUCUUCUCGUCCAUUUUGGUUAUUGUGAUUGGAGCUCUCAGUGUUUGGGCUUAUUCGCGUUAUUCUGGACAUCUCCGUGAGGCUGGAACAUGGAUUGACGAAUCGGUUUCAUAUGUUUGGAAAAACUUCAUCUCGCCGAAUGCUGGAAAUCUUGGGCCAUUGGGAAAUGCGAUUCAACUUGGUGAAGCCGUAAGCGGUGGAAGCGGAAACAAGACUGUUAACGCUACCCGAAAGAAUCAAUAA